ACACAUCAGCUGUAGGCGGGGUUGCUCGGUACAGAGCGGUCGUAAAAGACAAAAGAUACAGAAACCGCAUAGAGGAAGUAAGUAAUGACUCAGCCAACAAGGUGAUAAAUGCGUCCUCAAGACGUGAACGUUUGGACUAUAAUUAGGUGAACAUGAGAGGGAGACUUCCUCUAGCACAGAGGGAAGAAGACUGGAAGACCUCUAUAAACGCAGAAACAAGGACUUUGUAACCCUUUGAUCGUCUACGUUAACCACCAAACCAAGUGAGCAAAGGAUCUGGUCCACCACCAGCCUCAGCCAUGGCGAGCCAGGACCCCGUCAACCCUUCACACGCGACCUUUGACCUCUUCGUCCAAGCCCAGACCUGCAAGGAUGUGAAGCAUCACUUCGCCGAGCUCUGCAGGCAGCUGGACAUCGAUCCCAAGGAUUUCAGGAACUUCUACACCAAGCUGAAGGAACGGCUGAACUACUGGAAGGCCAAAGCUCUGUGGACGAAGCUGGACAAACGUGCGACUCACGCAGAUUACCAGCAAGGAAAAGCCUGCGCCAAGAACAAGUGUCUCGUGUUGGGCGCUGGGCCAUGCGGGCUCAGAACGGCCAUCGAGCUGUCCCUGCUGGGGGCUCAGGUGGUGGUGUUGGAGAAGAGAGAGUCUUUCUCCAGGAACAACGUUCUCCACCUGUGGCCCUACACCAUUUAUGACCUCCGCGCGCUCGGAGCCAAGAAGUUCUACGGCAAAUUCUGCACCGGGUCUCUGGAUCACAUCAGCAUCCGUCAGCUGCAGCUGGUUCUAUUAAAAGUGUCGCUCCUCUUCGGGGUGGAGGUGCACACCGGCGUGGAGUUUCAGGGCCUGAUUGAGCCCUCGGGCGAAAACGGUUGGAUGGCCAAGCUGAAGCCUGCGUCUCAUCCUGCUGCAACCUUCCAGUUUGAUGUCUUCAUCUCUGCUGGCGGAGGCAGGUUCGUCCCUGAUGGUUUUAAGCACAAGGAGCUGAGAGGCAAGCUGGCAAUCGGCGUCACGGCCAACUUCGUCAACAGAAACACGGCAGCCGAGGGCCAAGUAGCAGAGAUCAGCGGCGUGGCGCGCAUCUACAACCAGAAGUUCUUCCAAGACCUGCUCACGGAGACAGGUAUUGAUUUGGAGAAUAUCGUCUACUACAAAGACGACACCCACUACUUUGUCAUGACUGCCAAAAAGAACAGCUUGCUGAAGAAGGGGGUCAUUAAACAGGACCACAGCGACGCUGAAGAGCUGCUGGCUCCUGCAAACGUCAAUCACGAGGCGUUGCGCCUGUACGCCCGUGACGCCGCCUCCUUCUCCACGGGGGGCAAACUGCCCGACCUCCAGUUUGCUCAGAACCACGCCGGCCAGCCGGAUGUGGCCAUGUUCGACUUCACCUGCAUGCACCGUGCCGAGAACGCCUCUCUGGUCAGGGAGAGGAGGGGGAAGAAGUUGUUGAUGGCGCUUGUUGGGGAUUGCCUGGUGGAGCCUUUCUGGCCUCUGGGUACAGGUAUCGCCCGCGGCUUUCUGGCUGCUUUCGACGCGGCGUGGAUGGUGAGGAGCUGGGGAAUGGGCGUCCCGCAUCUCAAGGUCCUGGCUGAGCGAGAAAGCGUCUACCAGCUCCUGUCACAGACCACGCCGGAAAACACCAGCAAGAACUACAGCGGCUACAGCAUCGACCCCAAAACACGGUACACCAGGGUGAACCUGCUCUCCAUCCAAGCCCACCAGGUGCAGCACCUGUAUGACCUUGACAAAUCCAAUCCACCGAGCAAGAAACCGAAGAGCAAGUUGAUGCACAUGCGUCAAGAUUCAGUCAGCGGUUUCGAAGAGUUGUUGAAAUGGUGCCAGAAAAACACGACGGGUUACGAGAAAGUGAACGUUCAAGACUUCACCCAAUCCUGGAGGUCCGGACUGGCUCUGUGCGCUCUGAUCCACCGCUUCAGACCUAAGCUCAUUGACAUGUCCUCUCUGGACGAGUCCAACGCCGUUCACAACAACCAACUGGCUUUCAGCGUCUUGGAGAAAGAGCUGGGCAUCCCGCCUGUCAUGUCCGCCAGUGACCUGGCCAACAGUGGUCAGAUAGAUAAGUUAUCCAUGGUGCUGUACCUCACCCAGAUCCAGAAGGCCUUCACCGUGCCGGCAAAAGAAGCUGCAGGCUCCCUGCCAUCGUCCAAGCCUCUGACUCUCUCGCAGACACAGUCAGCUGUCUUCUUCCUGAACAAGCUGAAGCACAACUCUCUGCAAAGACGCAAGGAAAAGCUGGCGUCUGAGAAACGAGCAAGAGAGACGAGGAUGGAAGAUGAGGACAGCACGGCGGCGCCUCCUGUGUCCCCUGAGCUCAGACCUGCUCCUGCUCCUGCUCCUGCUCCUGAGCCCGAGCCUGAACCUGAACCUGAACCUGAACCCGGCACCGCUGUGCCGAUGACAAACAGCGAGGAGUGUUACUUCUGUAGUCAGAGGGUGUAUGCGCUGGAGCGAAUCAGUGCUGAGGGCAAGUUCUUCCAUCGGAGCUGCUUCACGUGCCAUGAGUGCGGCAUCACACUCAGACUGGGAGGAUACACCUUUGACCCGGCUACAGGGAGAUUUUACUGUGAACUGCACUCUGAAGAGCUGGUGCUGGAAACCGGGUCUUGUAAGGAGAGCGAAGGAACUCUCAAAGGGGCGAGCGAUGAGAACGGGCUUUCAAGUGACGAUUACACGCCGUCAGAUGAGGAGUUUGAGCACACUCUGGACUGUGGGCCUUCACGUAAAUCUGAAGGACAGGACCAACAUAUACUUGAACUCAAAGAGGAAUCACAAGAACCACAAGCUUCCGCAGAUCCUCCAUCUAAACCUGAGAUAACAGCACCCGCUGAGGAGGACGCUCCCAAAGUGCCCUAUCCCGUCCCCAAGCCUCGCCUCUCUCGCCAGACCUCGCCGAGCCCUCACCCCUCUCCUCCGACAGCAAAACCUCGCACAGUCCACCUCUUUAACCCCUCGACCCCUCCAGAGAAACGAUCCUCUCCAACCCCGACGAAAGACGCCUCCAAGGCAGCGCCGGACUACCGUCCGAAGCAGUCGCUCAAAAAGCUUCAGCUCACCGACGAGGAGAAAACCCAGCUGGUGAACCUUCAGAGCCUCAGCGCCGACUCUGACUCUGAGACGCCCGGUGGAUCCUCGUCCUGCUCCUCUUCCUCUGCUACAGCAGGAGGUCCGAGCCCUCCGAAACCAGAGGGCCUGGACGGGCAAGAAGAGGAGGGCUACUGGAGCGGGAGCACAGCUAGUCACAUCCUAGUCAAGAGGAACCGACGCUGCUUCAAGAGGAAAGAGAUCCCGAGCGGCCAGACCAGAGUAAGAUCCAAGUUUUCCCCCUGGAAUCUCUCGUCCCCGAGGAUCAGCAGAGACACCCGGCUCAGCGUCCUCAACAGUCACCCGGGGAGAGUGGAAACGAAAUUCAGACACGUUCACAGCGCCUCGGAGGAGGGCGUGGACGGAGACGACGACGACGAUGACGACGACGACGACGAGGAGGAGAUGUUUGAGCAAGAUGACGUCGACUUAUUCAACGAGAAAUUUCAGACAGUGCCAUCAGAUCCCGUCGAAGCUGAGAAGCUGGAGUUGAUGAAGAUGAGGACGCUGGAGCGGCGAGCCAAGAUGAGCGAGUUACAGCGACUGCGCAAAGCCCAGUCCAUCCAGCGGAGGCUGGAGGAGAUCGAGGUGACCUUCAAGGAUUUAGAAGAAAAGGGUGUAGAGCUGGAGCGGACUCUGCGAGGAGAGGCUGGCAGCGGCGGCUCUCCUGACAUGAUCGAGCAGUGGAUCCAACUGGUCCACGAGAAGAACGCGCUGGUUUCCGAGGAGUCCGACCUCAUGGUGGCGUCCCGACAGCUCGAGCUCGAGGACAAGCAGAGCAUGUUGGAGUUGGAGCUCAGGAAAUACAUGGAGCUGAACGACAAGACGCCGGAGCAGCAGGCAGAAGAAGAUCGGGUCCUCCAGCAGAUGAUCGAGGUGGUGGACAUGAGGGACUCCUUGGUGUCGUUUCUGGAUGAGAAGAGGCUGAAGGAGAUCAGCGAGGAGCAGGAGGCCUUCUCCAUCAGGGAGGCUAAGCGGCACUCGAAGGCCGGAGCUCAGGUUCACUGGGCGUAAGGCCUAUCACGCACACACGGCAUGAACCUGUACCUACCGCACGGUUAGAUGCCCUCAGACUUUCAGACUUGGAACCUGAAAACGUUUUUGAGAAGCCAAAGAUGAGACCGAAUCAUUGGGGGAGGGUGAUCCACCAACGAGGAUCAUCCAGCUAGGAUAAAGAGUUUGAGGCUUAAGGGCCAGAGGCUGAGUGAACACCAGUUGCAAUCCAGCCCCCCUAGAGGGAGACAUAAGCCUGGAGAUGUGAGCUUUUUAAGUCCACGACGCCUGCCGUGAUAGUGCGGUCACGGGCACCAGGACCUCUAGUGUCUGCUGCACUAUUUAACAACCGCAACACAGCAGAUAAUCAUUACCCCAGCCUGGGACUUGGCCUGGUUUGGUGUCAGGAACAUGUGACUCAUGUGAGUAGCUGGCUUUGAUAGAUAGAUCUAGGUUGGAGACGGUAGACAGUGUUUUUGAUGUUGAUUUUACUUGUGACAUCAUGGAUUAAGUGCUACUGUAAACAAUGACAUAACAUACAUAUCAUAACUCUAUGUUUAGUAUUUGUAUACUGGAUAAAGUCUAGAAAUAUAACGGUGGAGAAAAGAUAAAAUAUUAGUUGUUAAAAUUCCGUUAUUAGUACUCAUGGUUCAGUUUACUUUUACAUUAAUGAACUUUCUGAAUUUUGUAGCGCCUCCUGCUGUUCGCCACGUCCUUCCCUGAUCGCAUGUUGGAUAGUUAAUCUCAGGGGUCGAUCGUUCAGUCCUCUAGGAUCAGAGAUCUUCACCGAUGGCCUUCAACUGUCGGCUGCUCUUUGACUGGUGGUGUAUUAUACGAACACAAGGUGGAGGGGUGAAUGGAAAAAAAACCAGACUUCAUCUAUUUAUAAAUGCCAUCGUUUAUCGUUUGCAGGUGUUCCUAUUCAUGUGCUGCCCAAAUGGAGACAAAGAGCAGUUUGUCGUUUAGUGAAGAGGAGCCUUAUAUAUUCAUUGUUCUGCUGCCAGGCGGUGCCACCUGGACGGCACCUCACAGUAUAUCAAAUAAAGAUCAUGCACUUUGA